CGCCCCCCCCCCCCCCCCCCCCCACAUCACACCAGCGAGAUGGACGGCGACCUCAUUGCUCUCGUCAACAAACUCCAGGACACCUUCAACGCCAUCGGCGGUGAUGCCGUCGACCUCCCCCAGAUCGUCGUCGUCGGUUCACAGUCCUCGGGCAAGUCGUCUGUUCUGGAGACCAUCGUCGGACGCGACUUUCUUCCGCGUGGCUCGGGUAUCGUGACCCGCCGCCCACUCGUCCUCCAGCUCAUUCACACCACCGGUCUCGGCGGCACCAACCAGGCUAGCUCGAGUCAGACUCAGGGCGGCCGUAGCUCGCCAGACCGCAGCUCCCGCGACGACGGCUACCUCCCAGACCUCGGUGGUGGCAAGUCUGGCUCGGGCCGCUCCAUGGGAGGCGACACUGGCAUCGACUAUGCAGAGUUCCUCCACCUCAACCGCCGUUUCACCGACUUUGACGAGGUCCGUCGCGAGAUUGAAGCCGAGACCUUCCGCGUUGCUGGCCAGAACAAGGGCGUCUCCAAGCUGCCCAUCAACCUCAAAAUCUAUGGCCCCGGUGUCCUCAACCUCACCCUUGUCGACCUUCCCGGUCUCACCAAGGUGCCCGUUGGCGACCAGCCUAGCGACAUCGAACGUCAGAUCAAGAACCUCGUGCUUGACUACAUCACCAACCCCAAUGCGGUCAUUCUUGCGGUCUCGCCUGCCAAUGUCGAUCUGGCCAACUCGGACGCGCUCAAGCUGGCGCGCACCGUUGACCCCCGUGGCCUUCGCACGCUCGGUGUUCUCACCAAGCUCGACCUCAUGGACGCUGGCACCAACGCCCUUGACGUUCUCACCGGCCGGACAUACCCGCUCAAGCUCGGUUUCAUUGGCGUGGUUAACCGCUCGCAGCAGGACAUCAACCUCGACCUGCCGAUGGAGGACGCGCGCCGCAAGGAGGAGGAGUUCUUCACCCAGCACCCCGUUUACCGCAACAUCUCGCACCGUUGCGGCACGCGUUUCCUGGCCAAGACCCUUAACUCGGUGCUCAUGAACCACAUCCGGGAGAAGCUCCCAGACAUGAAGGCUCGCCUGAACACGUUGAUGGGUCAGACUCAGCAGGAGCUCAACUCGUUCGGCGACGCGACCUUCCUUGGAGAACAGCACCGCGGCUCGCUUAUCCUCAAGCUUAUGACCGAGUUUGCCCGAGACUUUGUGUCCUCUAUCGAAGGCACGAGCCUCGACAUUUCGACCAAGGAGCUUUGUGGCGGCGCGCGCAUCUACUACAUCUUUAACGAUGUGUUUGGACACGCCCUCCAGUCCAUUGAUCCCACGCAGAACUUGACCAUCACCGACAUCCGCACCGCGAUUCGCAACUCGACUGGUCCCAGGCCAUCGAUGUUUGUGCCCGAGGUGGCAUUUGACCUUCUCGUUAAGCCUCAGAUCAGGCUGCUCGAACCUCCGAGCUUGCGCUGCGUCGAGCUUGUGUACGAGGAGCUCAUGAAGAUCUGCCACAACUCGACCAGCCCCGAGCUUCAGCGCUUCCCUGGCCUGCACGCUCAGCUCGUCGAGGUCGUGUCGGAGUUGCUGCGCGAGCGUCUUGGCCCCACCUCCGAGUAUGUUUCGAGCCUGAUCCAAAUCCAGGCCGCGUACAUCAACACGAACCAUCCCGAUUUCCAGGCUGGCACUGCCGCCAUCGCGCGUGCUGGCGCCCAGGUCUCUCAGGCUCCCCCUCGCCCAGUAAUCUCGCCGGACGGAUCGGUCCUCGACGGGUCCGAGUCUUCCUCUGACUCGGACACCCCGCUUCCCGUCAACGGCAGCGCCAUGGGCCACCAGCACCACGCCAAGGGCUCGACCAUCUCUGUGCCUGAAGUGCGUAACUCGGGCUCGAAGAUCCUUGAUGCCGCCAAGGCAGGUCACUUCAGAGCAUCGUCUCACUCGGGACCUCGGUCACCUCUUCCAGGGUCAGCACCUUCUGGACUCGGCAGCUCGCCCGGUCACAACGCCAACAAUGCCAAGGAGACGUUCCUCAACUACUUCUUCGGCGGGCCCAACGGACCGAACGGCAUGGGCCCUGGGUCAUCUGGCGCUGGGUCGCAUCACCGUCGCGGCCAGGACUCGCGUGGAGCAGGAUCGUCCUCCACACAUGACAUCUUGCCAGACCUCGGCACGCGCCGCAACGGCGGGGCAACCGGUAGCCUUGACCAGAGCAACGCUGCGUUUGACAUGAAGAGCUUGAGCAAGCACAUUGACCCCUCGGAGCAGCCCAUCCAGCUCACUCCGAAGGAGGAGAUGGAGGCCAACCUCAUUCGCUCCCUUAUCGCCAGCUACUUCAACAUUGUGCGACAGACGAUCCAGGACCUGACGCCCAAGGCGAUCAUGCAUCUUCUUGUCAACUUCUCGCGCGAUGCGAUCCAGCAGCGGCUGGUCACGCAGCUGUACAAGCCGGACCUGUUCGGCGAGCUGUUGCAUGAGGACGAGGCGCUUGUGGCGGAGCGGACGCGCGUCAAGGCUUUGUUGGACGCGUACAAGGAGGCGUUCCGUGUGCUUUCUGAAGUAUCCCUCAAGAGCUCGUAGAUGGGGAUCUUGUGUUGAUGCAUACUGCGAUGUUGUCUGCUGCCGUACACGUUUGAUUUCAUGGCCAGCCUUGCUCAUUUGCAACAGUAAUGCAUACCUCUUUCGGUC